AUGUACAAGGCGCGAGCCGUGACUCCUCGGCCGGAUCCCAACGCUGGAAUCGCAGCGUCGUCGAGCCCUUCCCGUGCUUCUUAUGACGCCGCGACCACCGUGACCGCCGCAGCCAGCAGAACCUUUCAGUUCGUCACCGCAAACCCCUCUACCGACGCCGAACGCUGGCGCAACAAAACCCUUGUUCGCUCCAAUGCUUCCAACUACCACUGGCGCCGCGUCAGGAACUCCUCUGCUGGUAAUGGUGGCGCCCCCGCCGCCUCAAGUCGCCCGGUAACGCGACGUCGUUCUUCUGCCCGCAGCCACGCCAGACCGUCCAGGAGAGUCCUUGCCCCCGCGACACCUCAGACGGACGGAUCCUCCUCGACAGAAAGUGAAGACCUGACGCCCAAGACUGAAGAGGAGUCGAUCGAGUUCGUCGUCACACAGUCACCUCUGCCCGGAGGCGAGCUGGUAUCUACCCCCAGUGCCAGUCUGUCGAGCCUGCUGAUUUCCGGCCACUAUGACCCCUUCGAAACAUAUCCAUGCGACCUACCCAAGGAGUUUGUUAGUCCUGUUCUCGACCAAGUGAACAGCUUCCUGUCUCUGAUGUUCCCCCCCGAGAAAGGACAGACGCUCAGUCCCCAUUCCGAGAAAUGGCUGCAGAUGACCUUUCGCGACCGUAGUCUCUUCCACGCAUCCAUCUUCUGUCAACUCACGCGCAAUCGCAUAUUCCUGUCGUCGCCCGCCGACUCGCCGGAACAAAUGCAAUGUUACACCGAAACCAUCCGGGGCGUGCAUCAGAAGUUCGCCGACACGUCCAUGAGCUGCGAGGAUGAAAACAUCCUGGCCGUGUACGCCCUGUCCUACCACGGCGAGCCGCGCGUCCAUCCUCCCACGCCGGCACCGUCUCAAGGUCCAUUGACCACCUUGCAACUCCUUCACCUGUACGGGGGUCGCCUGCAGACUGUCAAUCUGCAUCUGCAGGGACUGGCCAAGAUGCUGACGCUACGGGGCGGCCUGUCGCAAAUCAAGCUGCCUGGGCUCGCACAAGCCAUUUGCUUCGGAGACAUCAUCCUGGCCAGCCAGACGCUCACCAGACCCAUGCUGCCGUACGAGCAGAUGUACGACGACGUCUUCGGGCUGUUGAACGCCGCCUCGCGCAAAACCCACCCGCUGGUCGGCCUCGGCCGGGGGUUCCGCGUGCUACCGGAGAUCCUGGGCACCGAGAUGGUCGAGAACCUGCUCACGGUGCUGAAGUGGAUCAUCCAGUACACGUUCGCCGUCGACGACCACGUCCAGGCCCGCCCAGAGGCCCAGAAACUGGGCUGCAUCUCGGACGGGCGUAACUUCGUGCAGCACAGCCUCCUACGCCUCACCCCGCGUCCCCGCGACGUCCCCGACGAGCACCCGCUGCUCCGCCUCACGCGCCUGGCCACCCUCGUCUACAGCCUGCUGGUGGUGUUUCCGCUGCCGGCCAUUGCGGCGCCCUUCCACCGCCUCGCCCGCGACAUCAAGGCCCAGCUCCUCCUCCUCGCCGGCGACGACGACGAUGACGACCGCGGCAGUGGCGACCGGUCCGUCCACCACCCGUGGACAAUAACCCCCGCCGCCACGGACCUGAUCCUGUGGGCCACCGCAAUGGGGGCGAUUGCAGCGAUCGGCUCGCCCGACCGCCUCUGGUACCGCACCACCCUGGACGAGCUGACUCGCCGUCUGGACAUCGGCACCUGGCCGACCAUGCGCGACCGCCUGGGCAUGUUCCUGUGGUACCGGUACACCAACGACUCGGACGGCAUCAGGCUGUGGACCGAGAUCGAGGAGUCUAACAUAUUCCGCCUUUCCGCAGUGAGUCAGUGA